CUGCAGCCAGAACUGAAAGCGAAUGGGGAUUGAAUUGCUCUGCUUUUUUUUCCUAUUUCUACAAAGGAAUAAGAAUGUACAAGGAAAUUGUGAUUCAGGGAGUGCCAUGAACUGUGAAGAUUGUUUGCUCUCUGGACCAAGCUGCGGCUGGUGUUUCCAAGAGAAUUUUACUGAUCCAUCUGAAAUUCAGAAAAGGUGUGACACUCUUGAAAAGCUUAUUUCAGAAGGAUGCCAUCUGAAUUUAAUUGAAUUUCCCAUUUCCAAAGUAGAGAUCCAUGAAAACAAGCACCUGAGUGACGGGCCACAAAUAAAUGGUUCAGAGGUUAUUCAGAUUUCUCCUCAAAAGAUAACUAUUUUCCUGCGGCCAGGAAAUGAAGAAACGAUACAGAUCAAUGUUCGUCAGACUGAAGAUUAUCCAGUUGAUCUCUACUACCUGAUGGACCUUUCAGCUUCUAUGGAUGAUGAUCUGAAAACCAUAAAGGAACUGGGGUCUACCUUGUCCAAAGAAAUGUCUAAGCUCACAAGUAAUUUCCAGAUGGGCUUCGGGUCUUUUGUUGAAAAACCAGUUUUACCAUACAUCAAUACUCUGACGGAAGAUCUGCGGAAUCCUUGCCGAAAUGUCCCAUUUGAUUGUUUGCCAACAUUUGGAUACAAGCAUGUUCUUCCGCUGACAAACGAUGCUGAAAGGUUCAAUGAAAUUGUGAGAAAACAGAAAAUCAGUGCCAAUUUAGAUACUCCAGAAGGAGGAUUUGAUGCAAUUAUGCAGGCAGCUGUUUGUAAGGAAAAAAUUGGUUGGAGAAAUGAUUCAUUACAUCUGUUAGUGUUUGUGAGUGAUGCCGAUUCUCAUUUUGGGAUGGAUAGUAAAUUAGCAGGAAUAGUUAUUCCAAAUGAUGGGAAAUGCCACCUGGAUCAACAGAAUGAAUACUCUAUGUCAACUGUUUUGGAAUACCCAACUUUAGGACAAUUGAUAGAGAAGAUUGUGCAAAACAACAUUCUGUUAAUUUUUGCAGUCACCAAGCAACAAGUUCAUUUAUAUCAGCAAUAUGCGGAUCUUAUUCCUGGAGCUACGGUCGGGACACUUCAGCAUGAUUCUGGAAAUGUCCUCCAGUUGAUUAUAGAUGCAUACAAGUCACUCAGGUCUGAGAUAGAGCUGGAGGUGCUGGGAGACACAGAUGGAUUAAAACUUGAUUUCACUGCCAUCUGCAGCCAGGGCUCUGCCUUUCCACACCAGAAGAAAUGCUCUCAUAUUAAAGUUGGAGAACAGGUCACUUUCAAUGUGACUUUCAGUUUAAGCCCUUCAGCUUGUGGUGAAGGGAGAAGGAAAGUCCUAAUCAAGGCCACUGGUCUUAACGAAGCAUUGGAGAUCGAGAUCCAGCCCAAAUGCAGCUGUCAUUGUCAGAAGGAAGCAGAGGUGAAUAACUCCAAGUGCAACUACGGGAACGGUUCCUUCGAGUGUGGGGUGUGUGUGUGUAACCCCGGCUACAUGGGUCCAGACUGUAAAUGUAGCGAAAAAGAUGCACUGAGUACAGGGUCCUGCAAAAGUCUCCCAGAACAGAUCUUGUGCAGCGGAAGAGGCGACUGCUAUUGUGGACAAUGCAUUUGCCACCUUUCAGCAUAUGGAAAUAUAUAUGGGCCAUACUGUGAAUGCGAUGAUUUCUCUUGUGGCAGAUUUAGAGGGCUGGUCUGUGGAGGCAAUGGGAACUGUGCCUGUGGUCAAUGCAAUUGCCACCAUGGCUGGACAGGUGAAUACUGUAACUGUACCACGGAUACCAAGAGUUGCAUUUCUAACAAUGGUGUCAUCUGCAGUGGGAGAGGCAAAUGUGUGUGUGGAAAAUGCAUAUGCACAAAUCCUGGGGUUUCAGGCAACGUCUGUGAAAAAUACCCUACAUAUGAUGAUCUUUGCAACUCUAAAUGGAGCUGUGUAGAAUGUUAUUUAGCUUCUGCUGAUCUACUGCAUCAGGAAGACUGCGCUGAAAAAUGUAAAUUGGUUGACGCAAUGAUCAGUCAUGAUGAAGAUAUUACGGAAGAUAAAUGGGUUCGUUGUGUGUUACAAGGGAAAAAUGAAUCUGUUAUCACAUUUCUGAUGACAACUAAUGAACAGGGGAAAGUCAUCAUUCAUAACAUAAAGCAAAAAGAUUAUCCACAGCCGCCAAAUAUUACAAUGAUUAUGUUGGGGAUUUCUACGGCAGUAGUCGUCACUGGGAUUGUUUUACUUUCCAUGUGGAAAUUAUUUAUUUCAUUUGAAGACCGUAAAGAAGUCGCUAAAUUCGAAGCAGAGAGAUCGAAGGCCAAGUGGCAAACGGGAACAAACCCCCUCUACAGAGGCUCCACAACAACUUUUAAGAAUGUAACAUACAAGCAAAAGGAAAGGCAACGUGGCAGUCCUGCCAAUGCAUACUAAUAAUUCAAAAUUAUUGGAAAAAAACAGUUCUGGAAAACUUUUAUUUUUUUUUAAAAAAAGGAAGUUUGCUCUGUUUUCUUCUAAAUUUGUUUGGAGGGUUGUAGUAAAACCACUAUGGUGGUAUGGAAGUUUUAAGGUGAGAGCAUAUGUGGUUUCAAAAGUGGGACUGUUUUGGAACCAGGCAGGGAGCUGAGCAGCAGUAGAGGAGAUUAAAUGACAAAGAACCAUCUGGGCAUGUAGGAAUGCACCAAUUAAGCAUGACAUGAAAAUAAUAUCUGGUGCAAUUUUGCAGUAAUGAGAUUUGGGGAAUUGGUCUGAAUGACCUUUCAAGAAACCCAUUUCAAAUCUUCCUUCUGAUCUCAAAGUAAUUCAAGAUGUUAGAACAAAGCAUCUUCUCAAACUCUGCUAAGAAGUAUACUUCAGCCAGUUUUGUCAGUUCCAGUCAGCAUUUUACUGCACGUUUAAGAUAUACCUUUGGAGUAUUUGCACCUUAAAUAUUACUGGAUAAAGAAACAGAUUUCAGUUUUUAAAAGAAAGAAAACUUGGGAGAGAAAAGCGUUCCUGAUUUAUUAAUAAAGUACCCAGCACUUACAGCUGUAUUUUUAACCAUGGUACAAUCUUAGGUAUUCUGUUUGGAAAUCCCAUGAAGUUAAAUGAGAGAGUUUCCUAUGAAAUGUUUACCCUCUAGACUAGAGGUUGAUGGAUUGAGGAGAGCCAUGUUGUCUAAAGAUGAAUGAAGGUGAUGAUGAGGGAUAUGAUGAUGACCAGUAGUGGGACUCAACCGGUGUAAAAAACCAGUUCGCUGAGCAUGCGCACAAUGUGUUUGAAAACAGCUCUAAAACUUACCUUCCAUUGCAGCCCCCGUGAGUAAUUGGCGACAACUGCUCGCCGGAACUACUGGUUCACCUGAACCGGUCCGUACUGGCUGAAUCUCACCCCUGAUUACUACCUAAGAACAUAAUAUGUAUGGCCACUAGAUUUUUUUCUAUGGUAACUUUCAGAUUCUUCACCCAUUUGAUUUUUUGUAUUGUGUCCAAUGGCAUCUCUUGGGUGAACCACCAUUUUGCCCUGUAGGGCAACCAGAAUACAUACCAUGUGCUUUCCAAAUUACAAUAUAUCUAAUGAACCCAAACGUUGAGGACCUAUCAUUUAAGGGAGUUGCUUUUUCCCCCAAAUAUGUAAAUAAGAUUUAAUACAGCGGGUCUCAAAGAUUUGCUAUGCUGCAAAUAUGGUUUUUGAUAAUGCAAAUUUUAAAAGAUUGUUUUUUUAAAAAAACAGAGUGUUUGUUUUAUCUUGAAUAUAUGUUGGAUAAUGGUGAUGGGAGUUUUUAUUAUGAAUGUACUGUGCAUUUAAGACACUGGAAACAUCUGUUGUUUUUACUGAAAUGGUUUUGACCCAAGGCUGGACCUAAAAUAAGGCCAAAACA